AUGGGUACUCCUAAGAAGGAGGGGAAAAUGGAAGGGUGGCUUUAUCUAUUUCGUUCUAGUCGGUUUGGUCAGCAUUUCUCACGUAAAAGAUACUUCAUUCUCAAAGAUAAUGUUCUCACAAGUUUCAAUAUCAAACCCUCCUCUCAAACGGAGGAGCCAAUUAGAAGUGCGAUGAUAGACUCGUUCAUUCGGGUUACUGACAAUGGAAGGGAGAGUAUCAGCAAAAAUGUGUUCUUUAUUUUCACUAUAUAUAAUGCUUCAAAUCAAAGGGAUAAGCUUAAGUUGGGAGCAUGUAGUUCAGAAGAAGCUGCGAAAUGGAUUCGUUCUUUUCAGGAAGCUGCUGUGAAGGAGAAUCCAAAUCAAGCUAAGAAUUUUGUGGCUUAUCACAAUAGACGGCGUUCAUCUUUGCGAUAUGGAGGAACAAAAAGCAUAGAUUGGAAAUACUCUAAUUUGAGUUAUAACUCAUGUGCAUACUCUGAAGUCAUGACCACUGAUGUUAUUGCGCCUUCUCCGUGGAAGAUCUUUGGCUGUCAAAAUGGGCUAAGGAUGUUCAAAGAAGCCAAAUGUUGGGAUUCACACGGAAGGCAACGGAGAGGUGAUCACCCCGCAAUAAUGGCAGUUGGCGUGGUUGAUGGAACUUCAGAGGCUAUUUUCAAUACUCUAAUGUCUCUUGAUCCCUCAAGAACCGAAUGGGACUUUUGUAUAAGCCAAGGCAGUGUGGUCGAUCACCUAGAUGGUCAUACAGAUAUCAUUCACCUGGAAUUGUACAACGAUUGGCUACCUUGGGGUAUGAAACCAAGAGAUUUAUUGUUACGAAGAUACUGGAGAAGAGAGGACGAUGGCACAUACGUGUUAUUAUAUCAUUCCGUGUGUCAUUCCAAGUGCGCACCCAAGACAGGCUAUGUUCGAGCUUCCCUUAAAAGUGGAGGAUUUGUGGUGACUCCUGUUAACAAAGGAACUCAAUCAGUUGUAAGACAUAUGCUUGCUGUUGACUGGAGAUUAUGGAAACUAGAUUUGCGACCUUCAACUGCUAGAUCCAUAACCAUCCGUAUGCUUGAGAGAAUUGCAGCACUAAGAGAAUUGUAUCGAACCAAAGCAGGAAACUGCUCAUCUGAGUCUCUUGUAAUGACAAAAGAUAUUGGGUUGCCAAUUACUACUGUAAAGGAGGAUGUUAAGAUUAAAGUUCCCGAAGAGAAUCAUAGGCCGAUUGAUGAACUUGUGGAAAUGCCAGAUGAAGUGGACGACAGAGAAAUUCGCGGCCGAACCAGUUUAAUGGGAUUGAAUGAUUCUGAUGAGUUCUUUGAUGUUCCUGAAUCAACAGAAUACGAUCACUUUGAUAAUCAAAGGCACUCGGACUUGUCUUCAGAACAACUCGGCGUGCCCCAACCCAAACUAUCAUCAGCUGCUGGUUUGGUCAAAAAGUUACAUGAUCUUGCAAUUCAAAAGAAGGGUUACAUCGACUUGCAAGAGGCAGCUAGGGAGGAAAAUGCAUCAUGCUCUUAUGGAUUCACUCUUUCAAAAGAUCCAAAAUAUUGGCUCCGGUGUGACAAACGAGAAGACGAUUUGAGUAGUCGUCCCGGUUCCAUAGUCCAGAAAUAUGCAGCAAAAGGUGGUCCAGAAUUCUUUUUCGUUAUCAACAUACAAAUGCCAGGAAGUCCCUUGUAUAACAUUGCAGUCUAUUACAUGAUGAAAACUCCUUUAGAAGACAAUCCUUUACUGAAAAGCUUUGUUGAAGGAGAUGAUACUUACAGAAACUCAAGAUUUAAGCUCAUACCAUAUAUUUCUAAGGGAUCAUGGAUAGUCAAGCAAAGUGUUGGGAAGAAAGCAUGUUUAAUUGGACAAGCGCUAGAAAUAAAUUACAUUCGCGGCAAGAACUAUCUCGAGCUUGACAUCGAUGUUGGAUCUUCAACGGUUGCAAGAGGAGUGGCAAGCCUAGUUCUUGGAUACCUGAACAAUUUGGUCGUAGAAAUUGCAUUUUUGAUACAGGGUAACACACCAGACGAGCUUCCUGAAGUCCUCAUCGGAACAUGUCGACUCAAUCAUAUGGAUGCAACCAAAGCAAUCGCAGUGAAUACUUAA